AUGGAGGAAGACGAUGAUGAUCUCUACGACCCAGCGGACUCCUUCCCACCUCAACAGGAGCACAACAACUAUAAUCAGACAACAGAAGAUACGAAGCCUGGUGACUCUUACGAUUACGAAGAAGAGGAAGAGGACGAUGAUGACGAUUUCAAUAUUAUCACAGAAGCUCCUACAGAUGCAGGGUCGAAUCUUGCACACCCACGACAUGCCGCAUUAAUCGGGGAAAAUCAACGAUCAGCCUCAGUCGAUAUCAAGCCAUCGACACCGACGGUUCCUGUAAAAGCUGAGAGUGCCACACCUGCGCCUAUCCAAGGCAGACCGGUAGCGACUUUGAAGCCUGGUACAGAAUAUCCAGCCAUACACACAUCAACCAUUGACGUGGACGCGAAUCCGAUACAUCCCACCACAGGGAAACCCAUAACUUCAACAGAUCUUGAUGCCGAUUUCCCUACAGAAGAUGACAAGCCAUGGAGACGUCCCGGGUCAGAUAUUACGGAUUUCUUCAAUUACGGAUUUGACGAGUUUACGUGGGCGAGCUACUGCCUUAAACAGCAGCAAUUGCGCAAUGAAGUGGCAGAUCAGACGAAACAACUGGAUGAAAUGCAGGCUUUCAUGUCGAUGGGAGGCAUGCCCGGAAUGCCAGGCGCACCUACUCCCACGCCAGCGCCGCCAGCUCAAGCUGCUCCUGCUGCUGCAGGCAUGCCGGGUAUGCCUGCGAUGCCCGGGAUGCCAGAUAUGUCACCAGAUAUGAUGCAGGGAAUGCUUGCGAAUAUGAUGGCUCAAGGUCUUGAUCCGUCCGCAAUGGAUCCAAUGAAUUUCAUGCAACAUAUGCAGGCCAUGAUGGGAGGCGGACAGCCGGGAGGUGGGCAGCAGAAUCAGGGAUACCCUGCACAAGGCAAUCAACAGCAAAUGGGUUACGGAGGUUAUAAUCAACAAGGAGGCUAUGGUGGAGGACGCGGACGGGGUGGAGGUCGAAGGUGGUGA